AUGAACACAAAAACCUCCGACGUGAGCAAGGAGAACAUUCACGUCCUGCACGGAGCAACACCACACACCCAGGACAACACCAGCUCUGAAUCUGAUGUACCUCUGAGACCAACCAGAGAUGACAUACUCCACGCAAUUGACACGAUCAAGAAUGAGAGCCACGAGGGUGAUUACGUCCACAUUCACUACUCGGAUGGAAGCAUAAUUCGGGAUGUGGAGCUUGGCGUUCUGCUAGAGCAGAUGGUUCAGGAAAAGAAGCUUAUUGUGUCCGUCACUCUCGACUGCUGUCAUGCCGGCGGCGCCCUUAGAGAUGGCGAGAAGAGCAAAUUUGCCAUCCGACAGCAAACGACCACGUCUAUGCCGCACAACGUGGAUUGGAUCGGCCGCGAUCUCUUCAACUCGUCGGCAAAUAGCUCCCAAGAGCACGGAAACUGGUUCUAG